ACUUGAAGAAGCACCCUUGUGCCCUUCCUGCAGCAGAACUACCGUCUACCUAGUACUUUCUUGGCUGUUUACUGCGAGUCUGGCGAUCCUGAUUCCGACACGUCUCCUACAUCCAACCUCCCCCUUUCACCUUCCGCCUCCCAAGCCGCAGCUCAAGCAAUUCCAUAUCCGUACCCUACAGACACUCACUCAAUGGCUUAGUCCAAGCCCCAGCGACAGCGCACCCCUCGCGCCGCAGUCAGCAGCAACAAUGCGCCUCUUCCUACUCCCGCUCUCCACCCGCAGGACCCUCCUCUACUGCCAGCGCCUUCAUCUCGCGAGCACCGAAAAACAGGGAUGGCUGGAUAAGGGCAGACUGAAGGCGGUGGAUUUGUGGGCAAGCUGGGAGAAGAAGGAAUCUGGCUGGCAAAAAAAGCUUGUGGACUAUGGCAAUCAGGCUCUGAAGAGGAUCCCAUACGAGGAAUGGGGUUUGAAAACAAUACCACCAAUAUCAGAACGUCGCCGAGCAGAAGAGCUGUCCGCGAAGGGACCGGUCGAAGUCCAUUUUCCUCCAACUUUGAUACCCGAGGAGAAGGUCCUGGAUCUUUUGAAGACUCUGGGCACAGAGAGGCAAGGUCUACAUAAGAAGCGGAUGAUCUGGUCUAUUGUUGGGAUGCCUAUCGUAGCUCCUUUUGCCUUGGUACCUGUUAUUCCUAAUAUCCCGUUCUUUUACCUAGCGUUCAGGGCAUGGUCGCAUUGGGCAGCGUUGUCGGGCUCAAAGCACGUUGAGUUUCUUCUCGACAAUAAACUCAUUACUACUAAGCCAUCGCAAAUUCUUGAUGAGCUCUACGCUGCUGGGAAGAAGACAUCUGACGCCGACACAACAUCAUCGGACCAGUCUCCAGCCAACGAGGAGAAAAUGGUCCUACACAAGUCCGAAACCAAGCCAUUCGCCGAAGCUUUGGGGAUACCUGAGCUGCAUAUCGAACUUGAACGCGCGGUCUGGCAGGUAGAGAAAGCAUUGCGGGCCGAGAAGGAGCUGAAAGAGGAGAAGACCGAGCUGGAUUCAGUGCAAGCAAAGUCCAAGGAGAAGAAAUAGAAGACUCAACCUGAGGGACGCGCUUUCUGAU